GACCGAGUGGAUGAUCUCCUCGGCUUGCGCAGGCAGUCAGUCGAUUCUCGGAAAGUCUUUGGGUGUAUUUAUUGCGCUUUACCUUCGUAAUGGAGGGACGAAGAUGGAGAUGAUCCGUGCCCUUGCAGCAGAGACCCCCGAACUUCCCCGCAUAAACACACUUUUCCUCGACCAGUACUUGCGCCGCCGACCUACUUCCAAUAACAGACUUUCGCGUAAAGACCACGCAGUCUAUAAAUAACGACAACAUGUCCGACGAAGAUCUCGAGCAAAUCAGACGCGCGCGCCUGCAGCAGCUACAGCAACAAGGUGGGGGCGGCGGAGGACAAGGCGGCGAGGGCUCAGAGCAAGAUUCGCGAAAGCAACAAGAGGCCGACCAACGCUCCUCCAUCCUCUCGCAAAUCCUCCUCCCCGAAGCAGCCGACCGCCUAGGCCGCAUCCGCCUCGUCAAAGAAUCGCGCGCAACCGACAUCGAAAACCGCCUCAUAAUGCUUGCCCGAACCGGCCAAUUACGACAAAAGGUGACGGAAGAGCAGCUCAAGGAGAUUCUGGGAGCGGUAGCAGAGCAGCAGGAGAAGGACGAGCAGAAGAUUGUCGUCAACAGGAGAGGAGGAAACUGGGACGAUGACGAUGAGUUGGAAGAACUCAUGAAGGAUGUUUGAAAAAAGGUUGGAAGGAGGUGAAGGGAUAUGGGUGGUUACAUGUUGCAUUGGAUGGCGUUCUGGGAGUGUUACAUGAUGAGGUUCGUGAUCGUGCAACUACAGAUUGGAAGU